GUCUGACUACAAAAAUCUACAAGGCGGAGAAGAAGAAGAAGACAGAGGAAAGAAACGGUUAGUUCGUCACCGAGGUUGGUAAUUACCGAAUCUAUGAGUUCUCCUUUCUUCGUUUUGUUGUCUUUCUGAAGGAUGAAACUAAUCAAAGAGUGAAAACUUGUAAACUGAAGAAUCUCUGUUUUUUUUUUUGUUUGUUGUAUUUUGAGUGGAGAUAAAAGCUUUGAAGAAGAGUGAAGAACGAUGGUGAUGGAUUCAUCAAAAUGGUGGUGGAUUGGGAACCACAACACCACUAAUUUCUCUCCAUGGCUUCAUUCUACUCUCUCUGAGUUGGAUGAGAAGACAAAGGAGAUGCUGAGAGUGAUCGAUGAGGAUGCGGAUUCGUUCGCGGCACGAGCUGAGAUGUAUUACAAGAAAAGGCCUGAGCUCGUUGCUAUGGUCGAAGAUUUCUACCGUUCCCAUCGCUCCUUAGCCGAGAGGUACGACUUGUUGAGACCCUCUUCUGUGCACAAACACGGCUCAGAGAGUCAUCAUCGUGAUGAGAAAGCAUCGACUUGGGACCAGUCUUCCUGGUCCGAGGCUUGUGAGACUCGUGAAGAGUACGCUGAGUCCGAAGUGGAUGACGGUGAAGACAAGUGGGUUGAUGAUGAUGAAGGUGAGACUGAUGACAAUUAUGGUGAAGCUAAUGGAGAUGAUGGGAUUAUGAAGGAAGAGAUAGAGAGGCUGAGAGAGGAGAAUAAGGUUUACGGUGAAAUGGUGAGAGAGAAAGAUGAAGAGAAGAGAGAAGCUAUAAGGCAGAUGAGUUUAGCAAUUCAAAUGCUCAAAGAAGAGAACUCAGAGCUGAAGAAGAGAUGUGUUUCUUCCGUUGUUGAUGUGUCUCAGAGGAAGCAACAGAUUUGGAAGCCUUUCGAGUUCAAGAAGCUUGAAGGGUUGUUUGGGAGAGUAGUGGGCAACUGGAUCGUCCCAAAGACAGAGUCUACUACUUCCAGAGAGCUCAUGACUCUUUAAAGAAACAGAGAGGUCUGUAUGAUCAAUAAGAGUAACUUUUCUAUGAAUAUCUUUGUACUUUGUGACAGGUAAGGGGUAUACUCAAGUAGUUAGUGGUAAGGCUUCAUAUGAUUAUAGUUAUAGCCCAAGUCCAUGCAUGUUUGUUUUUUACAUUUGUUGUAGUUCGUUCUUAGCUUAUUUAUUUGUUCUUUUAUAUUUUGUAAGUUCUUUUUCUCUUUGUGUACUAAAUGAUUACAGUAAGCAUGUUGUUUAAA